GAAGGAACAAAACAUCAAGCAUUUUCGUGUCAGAAUCUUUAAAAAAGAAUCAAGUCUUGCGUUUAUUCGAACAAAUAUGAAAUGAUUUUUCAUGGAGGGGAAAUGGGAAACGUGAAGACCAGAAGAGAACCACAAGACACUUUUUUAGGCACAGAAGACUGCUUAGAACAUGGUCUUGAUUCUUCUAGUUGUUUCUUUAUUCACACACCUAUUAAUCUGUCUUGUGAGAACAUUAAGCCUUCUUUCACCAAAAAACUUAAAUUCCAGUCUGUGGUGGAAGGAUGUCCUGCUAUAUUCAAGUGUAAAAUUAUAGCUAUCCCAUCUCCCAAAAUUUUAUGGUUUCAUAACAAUAGGCCAAUUCCAAAAGAGUGUCGCCGUAAAAUACUUAGUGAAAGCACUAUGGAUGUACAUACUUCUAGUUUAGUGAUUGAAUGCGUUAAAGACAAAGAUUCAGGUAGCUACAGAGUAAUGGCUAUUAACACAGAAGGAUCUGCAGAGUCAACAGCUUCCCUUCUGGUAGCUUUAAAGGAAGAACAAUAUGCAAAUUAUUUAAACUAUGUAAGACAGUCAACAAAGAUUCCUCAAAGCACGGAUUCUUUGGCUGGGCAAAGAACUGAAAGAAAGGUUAGGGUUGAUCUGAGGUGUGUUGGCUCUCCAUUUGAUAAAAAGUAUAAGGGAUUAAAAGGGCUGUCUCGAUCGAAACAUACACUAAUGCGUACUGUAUACUUUAGAACUUCAUCUACAUCUAGAAUACCAGACAAAGUAUCACUUGAAACAGCUUCUGAGAGAGCACGUUCCCCUCCUUCCAUGUUUGAAAAAUCUGAUAGAUUUAAUGACCGAUUUAGUGAUAUUUACUGUGACAGAUACACUGGUCGUGACAGAUUUAGUGACAGAUACAGUGACAGAUGGAGUGACAGGUUCAGUGACACAGAAAGUCUCCAUGGGGAGAUAAAAACAAAGUUAAAUAUUCUACAGAAAGCUGUGAAAAGAAAAAAACGACUUUCAGUUUCAACAAUGUCAUCAUCAGAGUUUGAUGUAGAGUCAGUGGCUAGUGAGUCAAGCUACGCAGACUGUUUUGAGCGCAUUAGGAUCAAACCAAUCUCAUUGCCUGAAGUUCAACAUGUUGUCAGGCCAUUUGAUCAUGGUGAACACAGCUUUAUAAAAACUUCAGCAGACUUUCAGAACAGAUUGGAGAGAAUUACGGGCCUUGAUAUGCGGAAUGUGGAAUCAGAAACCACACAUGUAAGGCAUACGUUUGAGCCACAGUCAAGAUCCAGAGCCAUUCAAAUGAUGAAAGGGAAGCUUCUGAAUGAGCAUGUCCGAGAGAUGGGUGAUGAAGAUGUGGAAGACUCUGCUCUGAGGAAGGUGGAGGAAGUAUCUGAAGAAAGGAAUACACAAACACAAAAUGAGUGUCUACUGUCUGAUGAUCAAGUAAUUUCUCUUAAAGACACACACAUUAAGUUGGAAAACCCACAGCCACAAUGGUUUGAAGCAGGGAAUUUGUCAAACAUGCUUGAGAGAUGUCACCUGCCUAUUUCAGGUUCUGAAGAUAAUACUAAAGAAAUAAUUCAACAAUAUGAAGACUAUUCAGUUGAGCAAUCUCAAAGAACCAAACAAGUCAACUUAUUUAAAGAAGGACUUCUGGGUGAAGUUGUCAAACAGGAGGAUAAUAUGAAAAGUACAAAACCAGAGUCUGACUGUAAAGCUAUGUUGAAGGAUACCAUUUAUGAAAAGAAUCUUGAAAUUGAUGUAUCAGAGAAUGAAGAUAAAUUCCUAACAUUACGUAUUAGGAAAUGGCAGGAAGAUUUACAACUGGAACAUGAAGCUGUUCAGCUGGACCCUCAUUGGACUAAGGAUAAUUCAUCAUUCCUGAAGUCUGAGGGUCCCAGUUUAAAGAAAGUGACAGACAGAGAAACAAGUCCAGAAAAAUAUGAAACAUCAGGUAGAAAAUCCUCUAAAUUAAAGGCAACAAGGGCAGCAAAGCAAAUGCCCUUCGAGAAGGGUAUUUAUGAGCAACAUUUGAGCCGUGAAAACCUUUCGGGCAGGGAAAUUGAAAGUGCACAGUUUGUUAGUGAAAAAGAAGCUCUGGCUCAACGGAUAAUAAAAUGGCAGCAAGAUGUUCUGAUUGAACAAGAAGAAGCUGUUGAUGUGGAGACUGAUUGGGUAGAUACAUACUCAGCAGAAGCAUCUGAGAGAAAAAAUGAGUUGAGAGAACAAGGAGAAACUUUGGCACAAAAUCAGGAGUGUCCAGUUGAAAAAUCAGCUGCCUUUACAUCUGUUCAAGCAGAAACCAAGUGUGGACUUUCCUCCCAUGAUCAUAAAGUAGAUAGCUUUCAGACUGAUCGUGAAAUAAAGUUCAGUGACGAUAAUGAAAUUACAUUGAAUGAAAACAUAUAUUUUGCCAGUGAAAAAGAAGCUAUGACCCAGCGAAUGAUUAAGUGGCGACACGACAUUUUGAUUGAACAGGAAGAAGCUGCAGAACUGGAUUCGGAUUGGACUGCAGUAGAUCAAUCUCAGUACCCAACAAAGGAGACAGAGAAUUUAACUUUUGGUGUUAAAGGUAGUGUUAAUGAAGCUACUCAGAUCCAGGAAAAAUCACUUAAAUUACCCUAUGAAACAUUACAGGUGAAAGACAAGGAUGUUGUGCCUACCAUUUUGACACCUCUUGAAGACAUUAAUAAAUGGAAGAGUGAAUAUUUAUCAAGUGAAGAUCAGUUUGUUGCCCAACAAUGUGGGCACCAGUAUCAAGAUGUAGUGGCUCUGAAAAAUACUUCUCUGUUUGAAUCUGAUUUGACUGAGGGCAAGUGCAUUGUAGAUGAUCAGGGAACAGCUGCCAAAAUAUUUAAUAAAAAAGUAGAUGAAGCAUAUACAAACUAUCCUCCAGUUAUCAUGAAGCAACUAAUUUCUUUGGAAGUGAAGAAAGGGGAGAUGAGUGAAUUUGUCUGUCAUUUCAAGGGAGACCCUGAGCCUACUGUUACUUGGUUUAAAGAUAAGCAACCAAUUCUACAAAAUCCAGAUUAUGAUAUAUGCACCAAAAAGACAGAAUCAAAACUAAUAAUCUGUUAUCCCACUACUGAUCAUCAGGGCACAUAUUCAUGUGCUAUAACUAAUAAGUGUGGAAUGACAAAAAGCUCUGCCACUCUCAUAAUAAUUGAAAGUCCAGAAGUCAAGAAACACCCAGAAGUUGCAAAGGAAGUCCAAGUUACAACAGUGGAAGAGAUGGAUGACGAACAUUUUGAGGGAAUGAUUGAAAGGGAACUUGAGUUGUACAUAAAUCCAAAAUCAGAAGUGAAAUCAACUUUACAGGUUCCCCAGCUUGUUCUGCAAAGAUCACAUGCAGACUCAUCUCUUCAUUCUUCUCCUGUGGAAAUUAGGAUCACAGCACCAACACCAAUUUUAGAGUUAAGUGAGGAUAUGAAAGAAUCAUUUGAACCCAUUGAAAAAGUUCCAGAUAUCUCAGAUGAGGACAAUGUUUUGCAAACAACCAAACACAAAUUUACAUUUUCAUUUGAGCUUUCUGCAGAAGCUCCUCGGGUAGUUAAGGAACUGGAAAACCUGAUUUGCUCUGAGGGCCAAACAGCCAUGCUUGAGUGCAUUGUGAUAGGGGAGCCAGUCCCUACAAUAAUGUGGUUUCAUGAUGAUUCAGCUUUGACCACUGCUAACACCAAGUACAGGUUUGAAGAUAAUGGCAAAAUAUACAGACUGUAUGUUGAUAACUUCUCAAGUUUAGAUGUAGGCACAUAUAAGCUGGUUGCUACAAACAAACUAGGGCAAGCUGAAAGCAUAGCUAAUGUUUUAUUUGAAAAUUCCAAAGAAAUUACUCCCGCAAUGAACACCUCAGAAGUAAGUUCACAAUGUAGUGUUUAUGUCAGAGCUACUGAAGGGAUAGAUACAGAAAAAGACGCCACAAAAAUUAUGGAUGUGGUUAAUCAGUUUGAAUGCCCAAGUCUUGAGUCAGUUCAAAGUCCUUUUGCUUUACUUGAAAAUAUGGCACCUCUUCAGAAGGGGAACAAUACCGAUGAGUUUCAAGGGGAGGGAAAAAUGAUACAUUCAAAAGAAGCUACUUCCAACAGAGGAGCUGCCAUAACAGGCUGUGGAUUGCAGUCUUCAGGGGCAAUUGUCAACAUCUCAAAAAUUAAGCAGGCAUUUGAGCCUUCUGGCUUGCCUGAGAAUGCUACAAAGUGUGAAUUUUCUGAACCGUUUUUUUCUAAGAAGGAGAUGCCAAAGAUAGUAAUCAAUCCUGUCGAAAAAGAGUUAAUUCAGUCUGAGAUGAAAGCAUCUUCUGAAAAUAUUGCACAUCAAAUAGAAGAUACAAAUAACCUGGAGAGAGCUACUGACAAAUAUCAUUUUGUUUCAUUGUCAAAUAUAAAAGAAGUUUCGCAGUCACAUGACCUUGUAAAACCAGAAGCAGCAAUACCAGUCUUCUGCAAAAGUAUGCUGGAAAGAGAGGAUGAUGACUUUAAAAAAUGUACAGGAGAGAAAGGAACUGGGAAAAGUGUUGAUGGUACAUUUGUAAAACAAGUCAGCAGUAUUUCUUCUCUUGAGAAAUCCCAAGACCAGAGCUCUGAGCAGUGUUCCGAAAUAACUGAUUUAACUUUUAACUCUGAGUUAGCUGUGGUAAAACCAAAACAAAGUUUCACAUUAACAUCAUCAUCUUUAUGGACAAAAGAACAGGAUGUGGAGACUGCUUCACUAGGCCAGCACCUUGUUUUCUUUCCUGAUGGUAAAAAAUUGAAAGGAGGUGAAAAAGAUGAUAUGAAACAAGUUCUUGGUGACGUUAAGGAAUGCACCAAAGAUCAAAGAAGCCACUUGUACAAGAGUGCAGACUUUAACAUAAAAAAUGAACUUUUUCACUCAGAGGAAUACUCAGCCAGUGCAGAGCCAAAAGGAAAUAUCAGUAAAUCAUUUUCAUUAACAGAUUAUCUUGCAUCAGAAGGCCAACAACUGAAGCCAGUGUCUCACUCAGGAAACACAUCAGCAAAGACGAUAAACCCACAGGGUGCUACUGCAGGGUCUUUAGAAGUGGAAGAGGUUACCUUCAGUGCAGUUUAUGACUAUUAUAAUCCACCACUGGAAUAUGGAAGGCCAUUGUCACCAGAGUCUGAAAUGUCUAUAGAAUUGGGCAGCACAUUCAGUGAUGAAAUGGCAGAAGUUGAACGAUACUACACACCAACUUCUUCAACAGAUAAUGCACAGUUUCCAAAAUCACCUGAAUCUUUCCACACUCCUUCUGAGACUCUAGGAGGCUUUAUGACACCUCCAGAAUAUCCUAUUUCUCCUCUUGAAACAAAAAGCACUAGUGAUUCAAGCGACCCAUUUUUUUCACCAGUUAAACUUCUGAGAUCCCCAGGAGAUCAAUGCACUGAAACAAGACCUCACGUGCUUAGUCUUGAUGAGGGGAGUUUCUUCACAGAGGGACCCAGUUCACUGGACAUGAGGGUUCUUCAGGAAAAAGUCCAAGGAAUUCCUCCAGCAUUCCUUAAGCCGUUGACUAAAAAAAGACUGUUUGAAAUGGAAACACUACGAUUUUGUGCUGAGGUUUUUGGAUUGCCCUCUCCAGAUGUGAAAUGGUUCAGAAAUAAAACACAACUAGUAGCAGAUAGCAGGAUUAAAAUAGAACGGGAUGGGGACAAUAUCACUUUAGAAAUUCAGAAUAUAAGCAAGGCCGAUCAAGGAGAGUAUAUCUGUGAAGCCAGUAAUUAUGUUGGACAAGCAAAAAGCGUUGCUCUUUUGAUGGUUUUAUCUCAGGAAGCCAGGUUCAUGCCAGCUCCUCCUGCUGUUACACAUCAACACGUCAUACAAUUUGAUGUUGAGGACGAUGACCUAUCACGGUCACCUUCACCCCAAGAAAUUUUACUAGAGGUGGAGCUGGAUGAAAAUGAUGUAAAAGAAUUUGAAAAACAGGUGAAAAUAGUAACUAUUCCUGAAUACACAGCUGACAAUAAAAGCAUGAUAAUUUCCCUUGAUGUUCUACCCAGUAUAUAUGAGGAAAACACAGUGGAUUUCAUUACAGAAGAAAACGAUGACUUGAAAAUUGCUUUUGAGGUUACUGAAAUGCCCCCACGUUUUAUAAAUCCAAUUUGUGAUGUGGAGACCCUAGAAAAUUGCAAUAUAAUGUUUGAAUGUUCUUUAAUGGGAAUUCCAUCACCCAUAGUGACAUGGUUUAAAGGAGAUAAAAAAGUUCCUCAUAAUGAUAAUAAAUAUGUUCAUUCAUCAGAGGGUGACAACCAUUUUCUCAGGAUUUUGAAAGUCAACACUGGUGAUAGUGGCAUAUAUGCUUGCAGAGCUAUAAAUGUUGUAGGGGAAACAAUAUGUAGAGCUACACUGCUUGUCUUAGGAUCUCAAAUGUUUUCAGAAAAGGCAAGAGGGAGAGAGCUGACAGCAGUGUCUCUAGGAAGUGCCAAAGUGCAGCCCCAGAAAUUUGAUUUAGUUGUAGGAAAUUCUUCAGCUGAAGGGGAACAAACAUCAGAAAUAGAAUUAGAGUUUGAGUUUGAGCAAGAAACAGAUGAGUCACAAAAAGCUGUUAGACUUAUUGCAAUGACUAAUCCUGGGGUGAGUGAGAAAGGGGAGAAGUAUGUGAGUAUCGAUUUAGAUGUUUUCGCAGAACCAGCCAAAGAUGAUCAAAUAGAAUUCAAAGCUAAGUCAUCAGAAACAUGCAGUUUUCAGUUUCAGAUUACUGAAUUUCCCCCCAAGUGUGUCAUUCCCUUAGAAAAUGUUACUGCAGCUUUAGGGACACCAGUGGUGCUGCAGUGUUUAGUUACUGGAAAACCACACCCAAAUGCAGAGUGGUAUAAAGAUGGUAUGUUGAUUAGAACAAGCAGGUACAUAAUCCAAGAAAAGGCACCAGGGCACUUUAAUUUGAUUAUCACAAACGUUAAUCAAGAUGAUGCUGGAGAGUUCAAGUGUGUUAUCCGAAACAAAGCAGGAUUUACUGAAACAGCUUCUCUGCUGAAAGUAUUUUGAUUUUUAUACAAUUAUUCCCUUCAAAACUGUAAUGAUGGAUGUUAGCUAUUUUCCACAGAAAACAUUGAUUACCUUUUUUAAAAAAUCCAUCAAAUUU